GCGCGGCCGCGUGCCUGCCUGGCAGCAUGUCGGGCUCGCGCUGCCAGACGCUGUACCCCUUCUCCGGGGAGCGGCACCGGCAAGGUCUCCGCUUCGCCGCGGGGGAGCUGAUCACGGUGCUGCAGGUGCCGGACGGCGGCUGGUGGGAAGGGCAGAAGGAGGACGGGCUGCGUGGCUGGUUCCCGGCCAGCUACGUGCAGCUUCUGGAGCAGAAACCCAGAAAGGCAACUACUCAGCCAGGAGAAGAUACCUUGAAUGGCCAUCUUCCCCCAGGCUGGCAGAGCUAUAUGUCUCCCCAGGGCCGCAGGUACUAUGUGAACACCUUCACAAAUGAGACAACCUGGGAGCGGCCGAGCAGCGUGCCUGGGACUCCAAAGAGCCCUGUGACACAGAAGAGUCCUGCAGUGAAUGGCUACCACAUUUCUGGGACGCCAGUACACCAACUAGACUCUGGUCAUACGAGCCUCCGGAAAGCCAGUGGGGACCCCCAGACCCCGGGGUCCCCGGCGGCGCCGCGGAGGCAGAGCAAGGAAAGCAGCCUGACGAUAAACUGUGUGACUUUCCCCCACCCUGAUGUAAUGCCAGAGCAGCAGUUGCUGAAACCUUCUGAGUGGAGCUACUGUGAUUAUUUCUGGGCUGAUAAGAAGGAUUCACAAGGGAACAAUACAGUGUCGGGAUUUGAAAUUCUUCUUCAAAAACAACUUAAAGGGAAACAAACACAGAAGGAAAUGGCAGAGUUUGUUCGAGAAAGGAUAAAGAUUGAGGAGGAAUAUGCUAAAAAUCUGUCCAAACUGUCUCAGAAUUCCUUGGCUGCUCAGGAAGAAGGCACACUGGGAGAGGCUUGGACUCAGCUAAAGAAGAGUCUUGCUGAUGAAGCAGAGGUUCAUCUCAAAUUUUCUUCUAAGCUUCAGAGUGAGGUAGAAAAACCCCUGCUCAACUUCAGAGAGAACUUUAAGAAAGACAUGAAGAAGUGUGACCACCAUAUUGCAGACUUACGGAAGCAACUGGCUAGCCGCUAUGCAGCAGUUGAAAAGGCCCGGAAGGCCUUGACAGAGAGACAGAAGGAUCUGGAAGCAAAAACGCAGCAGCUGGAGGUGAAACUCAGCAACAAGACAGAAGAGGAAAUUAAAAAGGCAAGGCGGAAGUCCACUCAGGCAGGAGAUGAUCUGAUGCGUUGUGUGGAUCUUUAUAAUCAAGCACAGUCCAAGUGGUUUGAGGAAAUGGUGACCACCACUCUGGAGCUUGAGAGACUAGAAGUUGAAAGGGUGGAGAUGAUUCGGCAGCAUCUUUGUCAGUAUACACAGCUGCGGCACGAGACAGACAUGUUCAACCAAAGUACAGUAGAGCUCGUGGAUCAGUUGCUUCGGAAAGUGGAUCCUGCCAAAGACAGAGAAUUGUGGGUAAAAGAACACAAAACUGGAGAUAUCCGACCUGUGGACAUGGAAAUAUAGACUGUUCUUAUAGUUGUACGUGAUGAAUUAACCAGGCUAAUGUUUUUUUUAGGGGUCAGAAGAGCAUAUGGAAAAGGUUGUUCCACUACCAGACACCUUGUAAUUUAUGCCUGUACGGGCUAUCUCUGUUACAUUUAGUCAUUAAAAUGGUUUUCAUUGUGCUAACUAAGCCUUAAACACCAAACAUUCCAAGGUGAAGAAAACAGGUGUGCACUUCCCACCAAAGGUUCUCAAUUGCACGCAGCUUCCAGAAGAAAUCUGCUUUCUGGUACAGAGAGAACUGUGUUCUUCAGUGACUUUGUGCUAUAUCCCUUGCAUGGCUAUCGUAUAUAGUAUGUUAGAACAACAAUGCAGUGUCUCCUCUGGCCAGCAAGUGGGUAAACGAACAUGAUGCAGGAGGCAAGGAAGCCCUAAUCAUGAACCCCAGGUCUGUUACUGACUGCUUUCAUGACCACAGGCAAGUCAAUUAACUUUCUGGCUCCCCCAUCUGUAAAACUUGCAUAUCUUGCAGCAACGUUGUGCAAAUACAUUUAUUUCAUAUAACACAGUUUCCCACCAUGGCCCUUUUCCCCCAUAUCUAUAGAGAGGACUCUUGUUCUUCCUGUUUUAUACUCCCUCUCAGGGAUACAUAAACCUAUUAUUGUCAUUGUUUCUGUUCUAGGCCAAUUGAUAAAGUUGAAGGUGUUAUUUACCAGGAAAGACUUUAUUGUGCUAUACCUACCUCAUUAGCUCAAUGACAGAAUUAGCUCAAUGACAGAAAGAAGUUAUAUACCAAGGAGUAAAUGAGAUGCUCAAAACCUUUCCUGCUUAUGCAGGAUGUUUUUUCAUGGUGUCUUUUUAAAGACAACUCUCUAACAUUUUGUUUGGGAUUCAAGUUUAAAUUGCCCUCUGUUGGUUCCUUCAGUUGAAUAUCAGAGACUUUAGCUAUAUUUAAUUAUCAAGUUCAUGUAGCUAAAUUAUGCUUAUCUUUUUAGAUCCUGAUUUUCAAAGGUACCACGUAUCUGUGAUUCUAGACUGCAUUAAGUAUAGCUGUAGGUGCCCAGCACUUCUGCAUCAUCAUAUAUUUAAACGGUUUUUUUCCUUACCAAAAAUUCAACACAGCUCUUGGCACAGUGUUUGGUAGUUUGGAGACUGUUUUUUAAAAGGUGUUCAUUUUCUUCUUCCACUGUUAUUUCUGACUGAUUGAUCAGUGUUGCUGUUAAUAUAUUAGAGGGCCCAAAAGUGGAGGGGCAAGUGCCGAUCUAUUCUCCUUAAUCACCGGUGAUAGGACCCGCGGGAAUGGUGUCAAGCUGAGGCAGAGGAGGUUUAGGCUACACAUCAGGAAGAGGUUCUUCACUGAGAGGGUGGUUGCACACUGGAACAGGCUCCCCAGGGAAGUAGUCACUGCACCAAGCCUGUUGGAAUUUAAGAAGUGUUUGGACUGUGCACUUAGUCACAUGGUCUAAAAUUUUGGGUAGACCUGUGUGGUGCCAGGAGUUGGACUUGAUGAUCCUUGUGGGUCCCUUCCAACUCGGAAUAUUCUAUGAUUCUGUUAUUUCGGCAUUUUAUACUCAAGAUUCUUGCUUUUAUAUCCAGCAGAAACUUGUUGAACUGGUUGCCCAGAGAGGUUCUGGAGUCUCCCUCCUUGGAGAUCUUCAAAAGACACCUGGAUACUGUCCUGGACAACCUGCUGUGGCUGGCCCAGCUUUGAGCAUGGCAGUUGUACCAGAUGACCUUCAGAGAUCCCUGCCAGCCUUAACCGUUCUGUGAUUCUGUGAAACCUUGAUUUUCACCACUAUAGCCUUUCCUCAUUGUGUAGGGUGGUAUUAACUACAGUAUCCCAAACUAUACUUUUUCAUUUGAUCCACAGUUUUGCCCUACUAUAUCUCAUUAUUAACGUCCCUUUUCCCCCGUACCAAAAUUGUGUCUUCCGCUUGGCUGUUAUUUUAAGCUUUUGUUCACCAAUCUCAGAGUAUUUAAGUUACUGUGCUGUGAUUAGAUCACUGAGAAUUAAUCUUCCCCUUUACAAACACAAGCUGAGAUGCAGAGAAGUCUUAUCUGAAAUACUUUUUAAAAUAUUGCUGCAAGUGAUUAUUUUUCUGGCUUGUCAUUUCAAACUGAAUUCUGUUGCAUUCUCAUAGAGUGGCUUUUUCUUUUUUUCAACCACCUCUUUACCAGUAUAGAUUCAUAGAAAAAGAAUGAAUCACCUUUUAUUCACCUUAAAAAAUCUGAUAUUACAAGUCAUUCCCAUCUUGCAAAAGCAAAUGUCUCUUCAGCACCCUUCUCUGCUGUGUUGCUAGCCUUUAUAAACCUUUGCACAUUGGCAGGUGCGAUUUUGUGACUGCUGCAUUCUCAGGAUCACUCUUCCUGUUGUUGCUGAUUGUUAGACCUGACACUUACCAUACUGCCCUUCAGUUACACACUUCAUAAUCUGCAGUUAUAAUUUUAUUCUCAGUGUUGGAAGCAUCCAGCAUGCUGAUGCCUGAACCAUAGUUUGCCUAAGUGUCACUCUGUCUUUGAACUGUUAGACUCCACACAUUUUACUUCAACUCUUCUUAUGCUGCUUGAACAGGGAAGUUUUGUGCUGAUAGGGCUUUUUCAGUCUUCCUAUUCAUUCACACUCUGUUCUCAAUAUGAUUCUUUUUGGCAUAUUGAUUUGUACUUUUCCUAUUUCUACCAUGCACUUUGGAGGACAGGUACUUUUUUUUUAAAAACCACAAAUUCAUGGUGAGCUUUCAAAACUUCAGUGGCCAAAAUUUACUGCUGUACUUGAGAGCUGCGUCUAAAGUCAACCCCUGUAUUCUAAGCCUCACUGCAAGUUAAAAUGAGCAGUCUUGAUGACAUCUCAUCACAUUUUGAUUGCAAAACCAAACAAGCUAGUUGUGCACUUUAAAUGGUAUUCUCCUUAAUAAAUAUCUGAAAUACUCUGUUACCAAUUACAGUUUAUUUUUCCUCCUUUUUUCACAGUUGUUUAUUAUUUUAUCUGCUUUGAACUGGAAAUACUGUCCAUUCGCACAGGUUUCUGUGAGGGCUGAAAUGUAUUUUGGUUCCACUUCUAUGGUUUUCUUAAACUGCUCUCAAUUCUCAGUUGCAAUUUCUGAUUACUUGGUUUUUGUUGUUGUUUUUUAAUUAUUUCCAGGCCAUUUUCCUACUUCUACUUUUUGGUCUAUUAGAAAUGUUGCAGGAAAGUGUGAGCUGUGUAGAAUGAUAAUUCUCUUGGUGGAGGCUGUAUCUUUGUUUUUCUUGCAUAAUAUGAGGUGUGCACUUGUGUCUGGCUGUUGUUUAUUUGAUGGCUCAGCAAACCCUUACAUGGAACUGCUCUGUACUCAGUGAAAUAUUUCCUAUAUAAUAAGAAUUUUAUCUUGUUAUUGAUGGAAGCAUUAGGGAAGUUUUGCUGUUGCUUGAAAACAAUUUGAAUGUUAUUUUCUACGAAUGAUAUUCCAUUGUGGUACCACAUUGCAGAUUGGAAUCAGUGAUGCUUGGCCCAUUACCUAGUCUGGCUGAUGGAUCUUGGACAGUGUGACACCUUACAAAUCAGCGAUUGAUGGAGAUCCUAUGCUUCUGAACAGCCAAUAUCUUUAAAGUAGUAGUGGCGUGUUUGAAGGGAAGCAUGGAUGCCUGCCCUCAUGUUUGUUCUUACCAAGAUUACUCUGGGAGUUUCAGCAUUGCUCUAUUCAUCAUCGAGUUGCAAAAAAAGUCUCUUGCCACCAUAGGUCCUGAGCUCUGGUGUGAUCUUGUUUUUCUGGCAGAUGAGUCAACACACGUCAUACAAGUUUUUACUGUUCUAGUUGCUAUAGGUACCAAACUGUUUUUUGUUGUUUGAUGCUGCCUUGCAUCUUCAUAUGGUUCCAUGUUCACAGAACAGAAGGUGGGCUUUUGAUUAGUAUUGAUUGCUUUUACCUAAAGAAGCACUAUUAGUGGGAAUUUGCCUUUGAUUCUCAUCUGGUAGCUCCACUUGCCCUGUUUUUUGGUUUUUUUGAAGCUGCCUGUGUUUCAAAGGCCUUCCCCUCCUGCAUAGCUCCCUCUCUAGGAUUAAGCAAUGUUGUCUCAUACAUACUUGUAUCAUGCUGCCAAAUUUCUGGUUCCCUGGUGAUCUCCAGUUCAAGCAGAGCUUUUGAGUUCUUGUCUGAGCUAGAGGGCUCUAAGAUCUCCGGUGGCUUUGAAUCCCUUGGGUGUCCUGACUCAGGUGCUACAACAGGUGAGGUGUUAUGCAACUGUUAUUUCAGCUACUGUACAGAAUGCCUACAUUUUAUUCAUUGUCUAUACCAGUCUGCCUGUAUAUUCUAAGAUAUAUUCUUCUGGUACAGUUAACUCAAUAGAAAGUCCUUGUAAGUCUUUCUCUGAGGUAUUCUUUUAACUUUUUUCCUAACAGAAUUGAUUCUGGAUCCAAUGCUGUCAGCUGAUUUCUGUUUGAGUUAAUGAGCUGAAAGUAAUGAGUCAUUUGCAACACUGGCGAAGUGCACUCUCUCCAUCACUGGCAGGAUUCCAGUUGCUUUCAUAGAGCAAGAUUCAAAAAGGCCUAAUUCUCAGAUUUCCAUCCUGCUCUAGAUUCACUCACAUCCAUAACCCUUGUUUGCUAGUCACUUCUAUAUGUUGAACUUGUGUUGUAAGUCUUCAGUUGUUCUCUUGUACGAAAGCUAUUUCACUGGUAGGCUACUCUCCAUCAUCUUUGAAAGGUCAUGGAGAACAGGAGAGGUGUCUGAGGACUGGAAGAAAACCAAUCAUUGUAUCAUUAAGGUUGGAAAAGACAUCUGAGAUCAUCUGGUGCAACCAUCUCCCAACCACCAAUAUUACUCACUAGACCAUGACCCUAAGUAUAACAUCUAGCCUUUCCUUAAACACCCUCAGGGAUGGUGACUCCACCACCUCCCUGGGCAACCCCUUCCAAUGCCUGACCACUCUUCCUGACAAGAAAUGUCUCCUAAUUUCCAACCUGAACCUCCCCUGGCGCAACUUGAGGCCAUUCCCUCUUGUCCUAUCGCUAGUUAUCUGCAAGAAGAAGCUGACCCCUAGCUCCCCACAACUUCCUUUCAGGUAGUUGGAGAGAGCAACAAGUUCUCCCUUGAGCCUCCUUUUCUCCAGACUAAACAACCCCAGUUUCCUCAGCUGCUCCUCAUAGGACUUGUGUUCAAUGCCCUUCACCAGCUUCAUUACCCUUCUCUGGACAUGCUCCAGGGCCUUGAUGUCCUUCUUGUAGUGAGGAGCCCAAAACUGAACACCAUACUUGAGGUGCAGCCUCACCAGAGCAGGGUACAGUGGGACAAUUACCGGUGUGAGCUACGCUAUUCCUGAUACAAGCCAGGAUGUCAUUGGCCUUCUUGGCCACCUGGGCACACUGUCAGCUCAUGUUCAGGGUGAGCAUCAACCAACGCCCCCAGAUCCUUUUCCUCUGGAAGCUUUCCAGCCAUUCUGCCCCAAGUAGUCAAUGUCACUCCAGUCUUGAAGAAGGGCAAGAAGGAGGACACAGGAAACUACCGGCCAGUCAGCCUCACCUCCAUCCCUGGAAAGGUGAUGGAACAGAUGUAAUCUCCAAGCACGUGGAGGCUAAGAAGGUCAUCAGGAGUAGUCGGCAUGGAUUCACCAAGGGGAAAUCAUGCUUAACCAAUCUGAAAGCCUUCUAUGAUGGAAUGACUGGCUGGAUAGAUGAGGGGUGAGCAGUGGAUGUUGUCUACCUUAACUUCAUCAAGGCUUUCAACGCUGUCUCCCGUAACAUUCUCAUAGGCAAGCUCAGGAAGUGUGGGAUGGAUGAGUGGACAGUGAGGUGAAUUGAGAACUGGCUGGAUAGCAGAGCUCAGAGGGUUGUGAUCAGCGGUACAGAGUCUGCUUAAACGCCUGUAAGCUAGUAGUGUCCCCCAGGGGUCCGUACUGGGUCCAGUCUUGUUGGAUUUAUUCAUCAGUAACCCGGAUGACGGAAUAGAAUGCACCCUCAGGAAGAUUGGUGAUGACACAAAACUGGGAGGAGGAGCUGAUAUACCAGAGGGCUGUGCUGCCAUUCAGAGGGACCUGGACAGGCUGGAGAGUUGGGUGGUUAGGAACCUCAUGAAGUUCAACAGGGGGGCUGUUAAACUAACAGAUUAAGUGAUCUCUGGAGAUCCCUUUCAACCUCAGCCAUUCUGUAAUUACUUGAUGCUGGGAUCUUUAGAGAUGGCUUUAAUUUUUAAUUUUUAUUUUUUAAUGUUAAAAGAUCAUAAGAGCAUUGAAAGACAUAUGGAAAUCCUUCUUAUGUUCUUGGAACACUUUUUUCCCUCUGCAGCCCUACCUGAGCUGCUGUGGGGUAGCUGUAUUUCUUCCAUAUUGCACAGUAACAGUAUAUAUUGAAAUCGUUCGUUCUUUCAUGCGUAGCAGGUGAUGUGCAAACUUGUUCUCUGUUUCUCUUUAAACUUUAUGUAUAUUCAGUUUUCUGUUGCAGAAUUAAAUGCUUUUUGUUAAUUUUGCUACCCCAUAGAAUCAUACCCCAUGAUGCAAUGCAAGCAAGCAUAGCUGUUUUGGGACAGUGAUCUGCCUGCUAAGUCACUUUAUUUUCUUAUAUUUUAUUUUCCUAACAGGAAUUUUCUAUAAAGCAUUCACAGGAAGCUUUUACAUGGUGGUAGCAGUCAUAAUUACUCAGACCUUCUCAGAACAUCUUUAAACUUGUACCUUUUUUUACAUCAUUCUUUAAAUAUUUGCUGGAAGUGAGCCUCCAUAGUCUUUAUGCAGAAAUGUACACUCUUUUGACCUGUUCUUUGGAAGUGCUUAGCUGUCAGAGGUUUCUAGGAAGUCAUCAGGGCACACACAGGUGAUACCAGAGACUUUGAAAAUAAGGGUAUUGAAUAGAAAUUCACAAGCUUCCUUUUUUUUUUUUCUCCUCAGUCUCUCAAUGAGGUAAACAUUAAGAAACGAGAAUCUCAAAUACUUAAUGUAUGAGACCUAGCUGCUGUAUGCAGUUCCCAACAGCUCCGUGUGUAAUUGGCUAUUGUAGGAGCAUGGCUCUAGAGCCUACAGCUCUCCUGUUGCUGCUCUAAUGAUCCAAUUCCCAAAAUAAGUGAAAAAGUGGCUCUGACCAUCUGUUUGUUUUAUCACAGAGAGAGAGAGAGAGCGAGAGCAUUGCUUACCCAGGUGGGUCCUUCACUAUGAAGCACCUUAGAAAUCCAAACCAGCACUUUGAAGGAACCCCUGGAGUGAGUAGAUGUGGCUUCUUGGUGUGAUCAACUGAUUGCUUCAUUCUGAAUAGAAAAAAUAUUUGCUAUUUCGUAAUAGCCAGUGUGCUGUUUUGCACUAGUGCAGCCUGCUGGGCCUAUUCCUAGAGAUGGGAGUCAAGAGUUUGAUGUCCUGGAAGCAGUCCUGGUCACUCUUACAUUUCUACUUUGCAAGAACAAUGUCUUUUUUCCUGAUCACUGAGCCUUAUGUAAAGUCUGUAGGCGUUUUGCUAUCCAGCACAUGUUCAAACAGAAGAAUCAAGUCCCAGACGUAGUGGUUUCCGAAGCAUUGCUGUGAAUAAUUCUUCCCGUAUGGGCAUUCCUCCGGUACAGUGUUCAGGAGCAGCUGAGUGGUGUCUUUCUGUGCAUGGUGGAGGCAUCUGACAUUUUACAGAGGAGCAUGCUGGUCCCUCUUAACCAGGCAGGCGAUAGUCACAGGCAGAUUCAAAUUAAAAAGCGUACACAUAAGAUAGUAAAAUAUUUAAUUGCCCCAAUGAAAUCUGAGCUUGAUGCUAGGCACUCAUCUCCCUCAGAACCCUGACGGGUCCAGUAGAAGGCUCAUUGCUGAAUUUUGCUUAGCAUAUGAAAAUCAGUAAUGAAAUGUUCCCUUGUAUCUCUUCCUUGAUACAGGGCUCUCUGACUAGCAUAUGAUUGUGCAAGCAGGAGACUGAUAUGUGACAAUACCACACUGAUGACUGCAGAAUGUUUUUUGGAUUUGGCAGUAGUAUGAUGUCCUGUGCCACGGCACUGAACUGGCUGUGAGUCAGGCAGAAAUGUAUCAAGCCUGGUGUGCAGGUAUUCUCCAGGAGCUUGGAGAACACAGUCUUUCUUUUACAUAAUUAUGAUGUCAUCUUUCACAUCAGCAAGUCCUUGUCUUCCUCCUGAGAACUGUUGUAUAAAUAUUAUUCAUUACAUUGUCUCAUAGUAGAUCUUAUGUAAGAGGGCAUCUGUCAAUUUUAAUUUCUUCAACUUCAUUGUUACUACACCCCCCCCCCCUUUGUUACUGACAUACACCAGUUUUCAAGAUCUUUUCUUUGAUUUUGAAUGUUCAUAGAACAUUUCUUUUGCUUUUAUGUGCUGACCAAACUUCACGCUUCUGGAUAUUUUCUGAGGCUGGUAAGUGCUUGCUUUUUGGAGAUGUUGUUUUGCGUUUUGUUUUGGAGUUCUCUAAACAGCCACUAGGUUUGGAAGUGCAAUGACUCCUUUUCGUGCAAGUCACAGUUUAUCUUUUCUCCCUGGAGAUUUUUUCUGAAGGGACCAACACAUAGCACAAUUUAACUUAAAUUUCUAAUCCCAUGUGUUCUCAAAGCAGAAACCUUUUGUGCCUAAUGAAACAUCUGAUUCUAACAAUUGUACAUGGACAAAAUCUUUUAGAGACCAAUAAAAUUUGUCGUACAGUAAUAGCAUACUAAUUACAUAAAAAUACAAAUUUGAAACAUUCAAAUUUAACUCCCUCAACUUACAUUAAGUUGAACUGUUUCAGGUGUAUUGUAAGAGACAAACUCAGUGGAUAUUAAGAACAAAAGCUUUUCAGCUGCUAUAUUCAGGUUCAGUGAGUGGACGAGACUAUAGUUUUGAAUAUAUAUAGUCUUUCAGAGCUACUGAUUUCAUAAAUAACUGAAUAAUGGCUUGUAUCACAACCCUACUAAAACUGAGCUAGUUGUUCCUCUUGAAGUGCCUCUUUAAAUUGUACAUGCUACAACCAUAUAAAAUACACAGAUUGACCCUAAAAAUUUUCAGAACUUAGGAGCAGCCAGUACGUACAGAUCUGUGCAGGAAUCUCAACCCUUCCUCCUUGUUCUGGACGGUGCACUCUUUUAGGGCAUUCACACUUACAUAUUCCUGCCUUUAUAUCACUGAUCAUUUACAGUCUAACACAGGCAUCAUAAAAUCAUAGUGCUGAAAAUGGAGAAGGAAAUGUUAGCCAUGUUAGACUUAACUGCAUUGAAAGACAGUUUUAACUUAAUCUUCUGACACAUAGGUAUAGUGGUCUCAGUAUAAGGGUCUCAGUAGGGAAUAAGCAGGCAGUUCUGCAUAAAAUAUAGUUGAGUCAAGUAGCAUUUGGGGAUUAAGUAAUGCUAUUUUGUAAAAACAAACCUUGACUCUUCUUUAAAGCAGUUGCUUGGAACAAUUUUUCUGGUACUGGAAGUCCAAAGCUGAACAGCGAUUUCAGGGAUCUCACAUCUGCAUGAUGUGACAAUCUUAGUCAUUUGAAUUUGGGAAUGCUUGACCUGAAAUCCCUUGUUCCUUUGGAGGUGUUUUGAUGGGAUGACUGAGAUUUUCAAAAGAACAUAAGGAAUUUUGAUACCCAUUUACCACUCUGUUACUUCAAUAUGACAAAAACAUUCUUAGGGACAGAAACCUCUAUUCAUUAAAAUGAAAUUUAAAAACAAAAAACAAACAAAACCCCACCAGCAACAGGUUCUAGUAUUGGGCAAAUGUUUUCUUCUCUUUAAUUUCCAUUUUUCCAGCAGCCCAAGACAGUGAAAAAUCUACCAAACGGUUUUGCAGACAUUCUGGCAGCAAGGAUUCAAGGGUAGGCCAGAUUACCAGUCAUACAGUAAAACAGAGUUUUCUGCUAAAAUAAGAUUGCUUGUUUGGUCCUUUUUGUGUAAUUUGCUAAAUACAUUCUAAAAUUUUAGAAAAGAUGUCUCUUGCCACUACUAAUUUCUUUUUAAAGAUGUUUAACCAGAGUUUUGUAACAUUCCAUAAAUUUUGGCUGACUAGACCUCUUAAAAUAGUUUAUGUAUCAUACAGUCUCUGUCUGGGUAAUUAGUAAAUCUUGCAUCAUUGUGCAAAUUAUAGGAUGAGGUUUGUUCCAUAAAGGUACAUGAAGGAAUCACCAGCCUGAAGAAGUUGAAUGCAGAAAGCAUUUAAGGGGCAGAUCUUCAGCUUGGGUAUACUGGCAGAGUUUGGUGGAAGCUACUUUAUGUCAGUAUGGAUGUUGUCCUUCAAUAUCGAAGGCAUUUCCACAACAUAAUGUUUGUCUUCUGUAAAACAAUUUCAUAUGGUUAAACUGUAUUUUCCUAUAUUGUUCUGCAAGUUUAUAUGCACCACAGUGCUCAUCUCAUAUCCUGUAAAAUAAACUGUACAGAGACACAUUGAGCAUGGAA